AGUAGUAGUAGUAGCUGUUGUUGGUGCUAUUUGUUUGUUUGUUUGUCUUUAACGCCUAAGUACAAAUGAGACUUUUAGUUUGAAAUUAAUACACAGGCGACACAGGCACACGAACACCGGAAGGUACUUUAGGAAGAAUCAUAAAUACACUCUCACUGCAAAUAUAACGCGCUUAAGCAGGGAGAAGGAGCCACUUUAUUAUACUCUAUCAGGGAAUCUAAGGAGUCAGUGUGAGCCGGUGAGAAUGGCGCCACUUCCGGGUGCGGAGCUCGUGCGGACUCCGGUGCAGCUUUACCGCUACCUGCUACGCUGCUGCAAACUGCUGCCCAGUCCGGCCAUGCAGACACACUACCGACACACUGUCCGCCAGAGUUACAACAGCCACGCAGAUGAGGACGACCCAGAACGAAUUCGCAUGAUCGUCCAGCGAGCUAUUUCUGAUGCUGACUGGAUUUUAAACAAGUAUAUCAAAAAGACAGGUUCUCCAGGUCAGGAUGAAACAGGACAAAACAACUCUGAUCGAAGGUGAUGCUACGCUGGAUUACUUUAAACCCCAUAGAAAGCUAUACUGUGUUUAUUACCAGUCACUAUUGUAGACCAGGGUUCCAAGGGAAUAAUGAAACAUUUUUAAUACCAUAAAUAUAUAAUACAUAAAAAAAUAAUAACUGUAAAUAAAAAUAACUUAGUACAUACUGACCAAUUGUAUAUUUGUGUGAAAAUGUCAUACAAACAAUUCAGUUGAACCAUGCUGUUAGCUUAUGGACCUCUGGUUGCAUCAUGUGAAUAAUGUGUAUUCAUUUCCAUUGUAUAUAAUGAAUAUCUAAUGAACAUCAUGAGCUCUGAUUUGGCAGCACUGAUGAAAUCUAUCGCUGAACUCUAUGAUUGUUUUUUUUUCUCUCAUUUGAACACUGUCUGACCAUUGAAAUAAUAAAACAUAAUCAUACCCAGUGAACAGCAGUGACUAAUGGCAGACAAACAUGGUGUAUGUGCUUUAUUAAAUAAAGUCAUGAAUCAGAAUAUCCUAGGCCUCUUAUUUUGUAGAAUCUUUUAUUUGGUUCUCUAGAACUCAGUUAUAAAUCUUGUACAGUAGCUGUUGUUAAUAAUAACUUAUAAUAAAUAUGAUAACCAGAUCUUAAUCCUCUGUACACUUGGUCUAUAGAGAAGUUGGACAUUUAUCGCUGAUAUUUGCCUGACAGUGACUCCUGUUACUAUUAAAAUAAAAUGUUCAUACAUAAAGUAAUUGUUUUGCAUUGUGUAAAUUAUUACACAGGCAUAUUGAUUUGGGUAAUUUGUUGAAAUGGUUG